AUGAACAACAAAGAUAAUAAUAAUAAUGAUAAUAGUAAAAUAGAUGAUCCACAAAGUAGUUGUGUAAUCAGUAGAGUAUUUAAAGAUAGAUAUCUACUCUAUUCGAUAGUUCAAAGAAUAAGAAGAGAAUGUUUGGUAUUGGGUGCUAUGAUGCCUAUUGAAAAGAGUCCACCACCUAUUAGAUAUCAUUGGGUUCCUCGUGAUCCCGUUCUCACGAUAGAGUAUCGACAAUAUAAUCUCCUUAUCGAUUAUAUAAAGUCAACACCCAAAGAUGGACACAAUUCUAUCUUUUGGUCACUAGUAGGACUUGGAUUGGAGUGGAAACAAAUGACACAUCAACAACUAUCACAACUCUUUCAACUAUUCUCUGAGCAAUUUAAAAAAUACUUUGGGAUUAGUGCAGACAAUCCAAAAGACCAAACAAUCAACAACAUUUUUAAAUUCCUAACAACUACAAAAUGGGAAUACCAGUCUUGGAAGAUAAUCAUUGAUUUUAUCAAUACUCAUUGUAUAAUUUAUAAUAAUAAUAAUAAUCAAGAGGAAGGACAAUCAACAUCAAAGAAAAAGAUAAUAACAAAAAAUAACAAAAGAAAACAACCAUCAACCAAACAAACAAAUUCAACAACAACAAUCCUAAAGAUAUUUUUAGAGACCAACUCGUUAGAAUCAUCACCUUGGAUAUGGGUUCUUCUUCGAGAAUAUUUGUUGUUACAUGAAAAUGUACAAAUAUUGGAUGAUAUUAUCCAAGAGGUUGGAGUCAAGGCACUAUUGGAUGCAAAGGAUGAUGGAAAGAGGAUAGACCCACCAAAAACCUCUAGAGUAAUGGGAACCUAUAUUGGAGCGAACCUAGACUCGAAAAUGAUUCAUAGGAUCUAUAAGAAACCACUUGAUAGUGCCUUGAAAUCUCACAACAAAGAUUUUGUUUCAAAGGCAUUAAAGGGUGACCCUCAAAAAAAUCAAAUAUAUGAUAUUCGUACCUUCAUUUACGACUUUCUCUCGGGAGAUAUCAACCUUGAUGACGCCGAAAAUUUAUUACAAGAUCUCAAGUCAUUGGUGGAAUGUAUUCAUAUAUUACAUCCAGAUAUGGGUAACCUAAAUGAAACCAUUCACGAGUCAAUCGGGUAUCCAAUGUCAUCACCACCAUCGGUUCCCUAUUUUAUUUUAUGGUUGUUUGGUUAUUGGACAUCCACAACAACAUUUUUCAAAGUAGAGGAUGAAAUGGCCCACUUAAUCGUUUCACUGUUCUCCAGAAUCGAAAACAACAACAAGGAUCAAAUGAUCAAAUAUUUGAUUUAUAAUCUUGGAUUCUCAACCAUUUGUGCUCAUGGGUCAUUGGAAUUGGUACAACUAUCCUAUCAACAUGUAAUGAAAGGGUUGUCAGAUAGUGAUGAGCCAGAUAGUGACGAUCCAGAUCCCUAUUUUAUUCGUUUUCAAUCGACCGAUAUCAAAGUAUUAGAAUUCUUGGUCGGUAUUUUAAAACAACAAGAUUUGGAAUACAAUGAACAUGGAAAACGAUCAAUUAUCAGAGUAAAUAGUGUGGAGAUGGCUAGCCAUUGUGAUCCCGAAUUGGUUGAACCAUUGUUUGAAUCAGACUCGCCCGUUUCAGAUAUCGCUCUUGCCAUUGGAUUGUUUGACUAUUUUUCAGUAUUGGACGAACCCAUUCGGUUCAGGAAAUUAGAAAGGAUGUUAGAGAUGGCAAUCAAUUCAUUUCAAGCUCCACUCAUCAUUUACAUGUACAAACAUUAUAACAAAAAUCCUUUAAAUUUUGACCCUUAUCAUCAUCCACCACCUUGCAACAUGGAUCGAUUGGUCAAAGAACAUCAAUUCCUUCUUAUUAAAGAAUUGAUUGAUAAUGACGUUCCAAUGGUUAUCAAUGAUUCAGAGACAUGGAUGAUAAUUGGAAGAUAUGCAUCAACCGAGUGGAUUGACAUACUCUUAAAAUACACCAAUCCAACAAUACUAAGUAAUAAUAAUAAUAUUAAUAAUAAUAAUAAUGAUAAUAGUAAAAUAAAUGAUUCACAAAAUAGUUGUGUAAUCAGUAGAGUAUUUAAAGAUAGAUAUCUACUCUAUUCGAUAGUUCAGAGAAUAAGAAGAGGUGGAUGUUUGGUAUUGGGUGCUAUGAUGCCUAACGAAAAGAAUCCACCUAUAAGAUAUCAUUGGAUUACUCCUGAUCCCGUUCUCACGAUAGAGUAUCGACAAUAUAAUCUCCUUUUAGAUUGUAUAAAGUCAACACCCAAAGAUGAUUACGAUUCUAUGUUUGAGGCACUAACAGAACUGGGCUUGGAGUGGAAACACAUUACACCUUUACAACUAUCGCAACUCUUUCAACUAUUCUCAGAACAAUUUAAAAGAUACUUUGGGAUUAGUUCAGCUAAUCCAAACCAAGAAACAAUGACCACCAUUUUUAAAUUCCUAACAACUACAAAAUGGGAAUACCAAUCUUGGAAGAUGAUCAUUGAUUUUAUCAAUACUCAUUCUAUAAUUUAUAAUAAUAUUGAUGAUGAUAAAGGACAACAAUCAACAUCAAAGAAAAUGAAAAAGAAUAAGAAAAAAACAAAAAAUAACAAAACAAACAAGCCUUCAACAACUACAACAACAAAACGACCACCAACCAAAUCAACAAUACUAAAGAUAUUUUUGGAGACAAAAACAGAAGAUGGUAAAAGUUCUUGGAUAUGGGUUCUUCUUCGAGAGUAUUUGUUGUUACAUGAAAAUAUACAAAUAUUGGAUAAUAUUAUUCAAGAGAUUGGAGUCAAGGCACUAUUAGAUGCAAAGGAUGGCCGAGAAAGAAUAGACUCACUAAAAUUUUCGAGAGUUGUGGGAGCCUAUGUUGGAGCCUAUGUUGGAAAUAACCUAGACUCGAAAAUGAUUAAUCGGAUCUUUAAGAAACCACUUGACAGUGCCUUGAAAUCUCACAACAAGGAAUUUGUUUCCAAGGCAUUAAAGGGUGACCCUCAAAAAAAUAGAGUCCCUUUUAUUCGUACCCACAUUUUCGACUUUCUCUCGGAAGAUAUCAACCUAGAUGACAAAGACCAUUUAUUACAAGAUCUCAAGUCAUUGGUGGAAUGUAUUCAUAUAUUACAUCCAGAUAUGGGUAACCUAAAUGAAACCAUUCACGAGUCAAUCGGGUAUCCAAUGUCAUCACCACCAUCGGUUCCCUAUUUUAUUUUAUGGUUGUUUCAUUAUUGGAUGUCCACAGCAACAACAACAGUUAAAGUAGAAGAUGAAAUGGCUCGUUUAAUCGUUUCCCUAUUCAGCAAAACCAACGACAACAAAAAGAAUCAAAUGAUCAAAUAUUUAAUUCAUAAUCUUGGAUUCUCAACCAUUUGUGCUCAUGGGUCAUUGGAAUUGGUACAACUAUCCUAUCAACACAUAAUGGAGAGUUUACCAAAUAUUGAUGAGUCGGAGCAUCAUUUUGUUCGUUUUGAAUCGACCGAUAUCAAAGUAUUGGAAUUCUUGGUUGGUAUUUUAAAACAACAAGAUUUGGAGUACAAUCAACAUGGAAAGUUUAUUCAUCCAAGGUUUAUUCUUCAUCCCGAUAUUGUCUCAUCAUUGGACGGUUUUAUAUCUCCAGUUUUUAAAGGAGAGUUGUUGGAAUACAUGGUCAUGCAAGUGUCAGAGAUAUUGAAUACACGUAAAUGGUCGAUUGAUAACGACUCUAUCAAAGUCAUUUUAAGAAACGGAUAUUUCAAAGUGGCAGAUGUGUUGUUGGUAAAAGCAAAAAUGUUGCACAGUUUGGGUUACGGAUCAAAACAAAUUGCAAAAGUAAAUAGCUUGCAAAUGGCUCGCUACAGUCUAAUUUGUGAUCCUCAAAGUGCUGAUCCAUCGUUUGAAUCAGACUCGCCCGAUUCAAAUAUCGCUCUUGCCAUUGGAUUGUUUGAUUUUUACUCGGUGUUGGAUUUACCAACCCGACUAAGGAAAUUAGAAAAGAUGUUAGAGAUGGCAAUCAAUUCAUUUCAAGCUCCACUCAUCAUUUACAUGUACAAACAUUAUAACAAAAAUCCUUUAAAUUUUGACCCUUAUCUUUAUCCACCACCUUGCAACAUGGAUCGAUUAGUCAGAGAUCAUCAAUUCCUUCUUAUUAAAGAACUGAUUGAUAAUGAAAUUCCAAUGGCUAUCAAUGAUUCAGAAACAUGGAGGAUAAUUGGAAGAUACGCAUCAAGGCAGUGGAUUGACAUACUCAUGAAAUACACCAAUCCAGCAAUCCUCAAAAAUAGAAAAAAGGUGAAAGAAUUCUUUCUGUUCCUUGAAACUGGUUUGGAUUCUAAUCUAGAGGCUGUUGAAAUAAUAGAAUAUAUCAGUGAAAAUUAUCCAAUUUAUAACAAAUUAUUCUUUUAG